AUGAUUUCAACUUAAGAGAGAUCAGAUGAGAUUAGGUUUAACUUCUUUUGAGUGGCAAGUGUUUCGAAUUAAUUGAUUUUUGAGACGUUUAGUGAUUGCGUUCAAAUUCUAAAUACUCAAUUUUUGCAUCAUAAAAAGAUAUUUGAAUACCGCAUCAUUUUCCUCCUGAAAUGGAGUUCUUAAAUUCAACUUUAGACCAGAGUGAUCCAGAGCUGUAUAAAAUAAUCAAGAAUGAGAAAUCUCGACAGAUAUGUGGACUAGAAAUGAUUGCAUCAGAAAACUUUACCAGUCGGAGUGUGCUUCAGGCUCUAAGUACGUGUUUACACAACAAGUACUCUGAGGGAUAUCCAGGACGAAGGUAUUAUGGUGGCAAUGAAUUUAUUGAUGAAGUAGAGCUUCUUUGCCAGCAGAGGGCAUUAGAAGCUUAUGAUUUAAGUUCUGACAAAUGGGGAGUUAAUGUACAGCCAUAUUCAGGAUCUCCUGCAAACUUUGCAGUCUAUACUGCAGUAGUGGAACCACAUGGCCGAAUUAUGGGGCUGGAUCUUCCUGAUGGUGGACAUUUGACACAUGGCUAUUUCACUGAGAAGAAAAAAAUCUCUGCAACUUCAAUAUUCUUUGAAUCCAUGCCUUACAAGAUAGACCCAGCAACUGGCUUGAUAAAUUAUGAUCAGUUACAAGUAUUAGCCAAACUUUUUAAGCCAAAGUUAAUAAUUGCAGGUGUCAGUUGCUAUCCUAGAAAUCUAGAUUACAAACGUUUCAGAGAAAUUGCUGAUGAAAACAGUGCUUACCUUAUGGCAGACAUGGCUCACAUUAGUGGUCUUGUGGCUGCUAAAGUUAUCCCUAGUCCAUUUGAAUAUUGUGACAUUGUUACAACAACAACACAUAAAACUCUGCGUGGGCCUAGAGCUGGCAUGAUUUUUUACAGAAAAGGAGUUCGUUCUGUAACAAAAGCAGGAGAAGUCAUGUAUGACCUUGAAGAAAAAAUUAAUCAAGCCGUAUUUCCUGGACUACAAGGUGGACCACAUAACAAUGCAAUUGCAGGAAUUGCAACAGCAUUAAAGCAAGCACAGAUGCCUGAAUUUAGGAAGUACCAAGAACAAGUGGUGUUGAAUGCAAAAACAUUAGCCCGCGUACUUCAAGAAAAAGGUUACAUAUGUGUUACAGGUGGAACAGAUAAUCAUAUCGUAUGGGUUGACUUAAGGCCCAUCAAUCUGAAUGGCUCUCGUGCAGAAAAAGUUCUUGAAGACAUCAACAUUGCAUGCAACAAAAAUACUGUACCAGGAGAUAAAAGUGCAUUGAAUCCUGGAGGAAUUCGAUUGGGGACGCCAGCUCUUACAACUAGAGGCUUUACUGAAUCUGACAUAGAAAAAGUGGCUAACUUCAUCCAUAAAGGUCUGCAGUUAGCUCUUGAUGUAAAAUCCAGAAGUGGUCCAAAGCUGGAAGAUUUUAAAACUAAAUUAGCAAAAGAUCCUGAAUUCCAACAACGACUGAAAGAAAUAAAGAGCAAAAUUGUAGAAUUUGCUUCCAAAUUUCCCAUCCCUGGUUAUGAAGAGUAUUAAUUUCCAAGAAAUUUUUAUAUGAAAAACUUUGACAACUUAAAUUUUUAUGUGAAUUACCUUUUACGAGAAUAAAUUUUAUACAAAUAAA